UGUUCGUCGCCAUAUAUUAGCCGACGCUGCUUCCCCCAACGUUCUAGGGUUUUUGGUGAACGGGUGAGAGGUGGAGAGACGACCGUUUUUCCCUCUGAUCAUUAUAUCGAGAUGCCGAAGCAGAUUCAUGAGAUUAAGGAUUUCCUCCUCACAGCGCGGAGGAAAGAUGCGCGUUCCGUGAAAAUAAAGAGGAGCAAGGAUGUUGUCAAAUUCAAGGUCCGAUGCGCCAAGUACCUCUAUACGUUGUGUGUGUUUGACUCCGAGAAGGCAAACAAGUUGAAGCAAUCGCUUCCUCCGGGUCUGAGCAUCCAAGAAGUUUGAGAUUGAAGCUUCAGCUUGUUAGUGAGGUUUCUGAUCAGUGGCUGAAUUCAUUCCUCUUGUUUUCCCAAUUAUGACUUCAGUUCUAUAUAUCAACUAUUAUCUACUCUGAAUGUUUGAGGAAUGCUGGUAGUAAAUGAGUUUUGAUAUUGGUAUGAGAUCCUAAUUAUAUCAUUUGCUCCAAUUUAUUGCCUA